AUGAAAACAUUUCCUUGCAACUUGCUUACUGUUCGUGUAAUACGAUUGAGGAAUCUCCGCCGGGCUGAUACCUUAAGCUACUCUGAUUGUUAUGUGACUCUUUGCCUACCGACUGCUACAACUGAGAAGCUGAAGACUAAAACUGUAAAUAAUUGCAAGGACCCUGUUUGGAAUGAAACCUUUUACUAUAGAAUUCAAAGACAAGUUAAGAAUGUGCUAGAGUUCUCUGUGUAUGACUCAGAUGCUAUUACUCAAGAUGAUCACCUUUUCACUAUCAGUUUUGAUGUAGCUCGUCUUCCUGAUAAUGAGAACGUUCUUAUGAAUUUUAAAUGUGAUCCAGAGACACAAGAAGAGCUGGAAGUUGAAUUUAUAGUGGAACCUGCGUGCGGUCCUCCAGAAACACUAAUUACAAAUGGAGUUCUAGUGGUUUUCUACAGGUGUACUGGUGCUGUUCAGUACAAUACAUGUCGUGAAAUUUGUACACUGGAAGCUGAGGUGGACCAAAGCAAGCGACGAAAAUCACAGAAAGACCUUUCACUUUCUAUAGAAGGAUCAUAUGAAGGGACACAAACUCUUAAGUUGGGUUCAGAUGCAAUUGUCACACCUCCGUGUCCUGCUACGUUCCAUUAUAUCAAGUACAAGGAUCCAUCAUUGAAUGUUAAACUACCAAAGACAAAACCACAUUAUAAUCCUCGUACCUGUUCUUGUUCCAUCAAGGAAGAUGUUCCAACUGUGAAACUGAAUUCCCUGCCUAUGGGAGAGAAAGUGCCAAUAGUGGAACUGCAGAAGUAUGCAGAGGGAUUUCAAGCUCCAUGUAAAAUGAAUUUAGUUAUUCAAAUGGAAGAAUACAAGGGCAUAAGUGACCAUCUUGUUCUGGGAAAAAAAGUACAAUUUGCACGUAAAAGUGAACGAUUGUCAGCAUUCUUGAUAGUAUGGAAAAAUACCAGACGGUUGAACAUUGACAUAGAGGUAAAAAUAGGGAAUUGGCUACUAAGAGACCUCGAUGUACGCUUGGGGUAUGAGCUCUGUUCACAAGAGCAAGAGUUCUUGUGUAAGCGAAAAAAAAUUGUUGCUCAAACAUUGAAGCAGAUUCUCCAGCUAGAUUAUGACUUGCAAGAUCAUGAGGUUCCUGUGGUAGCAAUCAUGACAACUGGAGGUGGGACAAGGUCAUACACAACAACAUUUGGCUCUAUGCAAGCACUCAAAAAACUGAAUAUUAUGGAUUGUGUAACAUACCUAUCUGGCUUGUCUGGAACUUCAUGGGCCAUGGCACAUAUAUAUAGGGAUGCUUACUGGUCACAGAAUGAUCUACAUGAAAAAAUACAGGAGGCUAAGAAACAAGUGACCAAAAGCAAGUUGGAAAUGUUCACCCCGAACCGUUUGAAAUACUACUAUCAACAGCUGAAUCAAAGGAAACAGGAGGGCUACCCGACAACUUUUAUAGAUCUCUGGGGACUCGUCAUAGAGUAUUUGUUAAAUGAUGGGAAAGAUAACCACAGGCUCUCAGACCAGAAAGAAGCUUUGAUAAAUGGGCAAAAUCCCCUGCCCAUCUAUGUAACUAUUAACAUCAAGGACAAGUACAGCACUCAAGACUUCAAAGAAUGGCUAGAAUUUACACCCUAUGAGGUGGGAUUUCUGAAGUAUGGAGCGUUUGUGCAUCCUGAGGACUUUGGAAGUGAAUUUUUCAUGGGGCACUUGAUAAAGAAGCUUCCAGAAACCCGGAUGUGCUAUCUUCAUGGUAUGUGGAGUAGUAUAUUUUCACUCAACUUGUUGUAUAUCUGGCAUAGAGUUAACAGUUCAGAAGAAUUCUGGCAUCAGUGGACUCAAGACAAAUUUAUAAAUAUUGAUGAAGACCCACAUUUACCUACAAAGCCCUAUGAGCUAAAAAGCCGCAUGUUUGUCCCACCUGGAGAUCUAGCCACGAAACUUCGCGGGGCGUUGACAGAUCGCCUGGCAGUUGCGCAGUAUCACAAUUUUCUGAAGGGUUUUCAGAUGCACGACUGUUACAUUGAGAAUACGCAUUUUCAUAGAUGGAAAGCUACUACAUUGGAUUCUUCCCCCAAUCAGCUAACAGAAUAUGACGACCACCUGGGCCUGGUGGAUGCUGGAUUUUUCAUCAAUACAAGUUGUCCACCACUGUUAAGGCUAGAGAGGAAAGUGGACGUCAUUCUGCAUUUGAGUUAUAGUGCAGGUUCACAAACAUUGCCUCUAGAAGAUGCUUGCAAGUACUACACAGAACAAGGGAUUCCAUUUCCAAAUGUUGCCUUAACAGAUGAAGAUAGGAAACACCUGAAAGAGUGCUACUACUUCAAUCAGUCAGAGAUAUCCGAUUGCCCCAUCUUAGUUUUCUUUCCAUUAGUGAAUGAUACUUUCCAAUAUUAUAGUGCACCUGGUGAGAAGCGCUCCGAAGCCAAUAUGGCUGGAGGCAACAUUGACGUUUCUAGUUGCAAAACCCCAUAUUCCACUUACUGCCUGAAAUAUUCAGAUGAGGAUUUUGACAAGCUUGUGAACCUAAGCGAAUACAACAUCCUGAAUAACCAGCACCUGAUUUUUCAGGCUUUGCAUGCAGCAAUUGAACGGAAAAAGCAGCACUGCUGCAAGAAUUAA